AUGCUCAACAAGCGCCUCGCCGACAAGCCAAUGUCUCUGAUGACUCUGGCAGAUCUCUCCACCACGCAAAUUGCGACUCUGAUCAAGUUGUCUUUGGCUUACAAGACCAUCGCUACGGUUUACCGAACUGGUGGCAUCAUCUCUCGGCUACCCAAGGAAUCGGUCGCGUUGAUCUUCAACAAGAGGAGCACGCGAACUCGGGUGGCUAGUGAGACUGCGAUAACCGCUCUCGGUGGAAGCGCUCUCUUCUUGGGAAAAGACGACAUCCAGCUGGGCGUCAACGAGUCUCUCGAAGAUACGGCCCGUAUCAUUGGUAGCAUGACGGCAGGAAUCAUGGCUCGAGUGGGCGAACAUGUAGAAGUCGAGACUUUGGCGCAAAAGGCGGGCGUCCCAGUCAUCAACGCGCUAUCGGAUCUUUGGCAUCCUACCCAGAUUCUCGCGGACAUCAUGACGAUGUAUGAGAUAUUGACUCCGGCAGAACAAAACCCAUUGUCGCGGUUCAAAAGCUCUAACACGCCGGAAAGGGACGCAUUCGCACUGGCCGAGCAGAUCGAUCCGCUCGCGGCGUUGCAAGGCAAAAAGAUCGUUUGGGUCGGCGACGUCAACAACGUCCUCAACGACAUGCUGGUAUCGCUGCCUCGCCUAGGCAUGAAGAUGGCUGUGGCAGCUCCUCAAGGGUACGACAAAGUCGAUCCUAGGGUCUGGAAGAGGGUCGAGGAGGCUGGAACUGCAGACCAGAUCCUCAUUACCAAUUCGCCAGCUGAAGCGCUCCGGGACGCAGACUUUGUGGUCACUGAUACAUGGAUCUCUAUGGGACAGGAAGCGGAGAAGGAAGCUCGUUUGAAGGCUUUCAACGGGUUCCAAGUCACUGAAAAGCUGUGCCAGGAGUCUGGCGCAAAGCCGGACUGGAAGUUCUUGCACUGCCUACCUCGCAAAGCCGAGGAGGUGGAUGACGAGGUCUUUUAUGGACCUCGAAGCCACGUCUUCCGUGAAGGUGAAAAUCGAAAAUGGACCAUCAUGGCUUGCUUCGGGUCAGUGUUGGUUGGGAGAGAUCCUACAGAUCGUCGAGCUGAUCGCAAUCUAAAUCUACGCAGUACCCUCUUUGCGACCUGGACGAUCUAA